AUGAUAAGUUGAAUUAGCAAAUAUGAAUACGUAAUUAUGUUAUUAAAAUUUUAGAUUAUUUUUUACUCCAUAAUAAGUAGAAUAAUCAAAAGUUUAGGCAGCAAAAUAAACUUUAUAAAUUGAAGCAUAUAAUGAAACAUUACAUCAGGAAAAAUACUUAAUUAAUUAUUAGAUAGAAUGUAAAAUGGUGCUCUUAAAGAAGGACCUAUAAAUCUAGUAUUAAUUUGUGUUGAUAAUUAUGCUGUACGUAUGACAAUUAAUAGUACAUU